AUGAGCGACAACACGGCAGUUCCGGUAGUCCAAGUGCAGGCGCUCAAAGUGUCCGGCUCGCAAGUCGAACAGGACAUCACCCCCUGGAAGGUCGAGGGCGCGAUCGUCGACGGCGUGCAGCAGGCCAUCGACUACGAGAAGCUGACGGCGUCGUUCGGCACCCGGAUGAUCACAGCCGAGCUGCUCGAGCGCUUCACAAAGGUCACCGGCCACGCCCCCCACCUGUACCUGCGCCGCGGAAUCUUCUUCUCGCACCGCGACCUCGAGGGGAUCCUCGACCGCCACGAGACCGGCAAGCCCUUCUACCUGUACACAGGACGCGGGCCGAGCCGCGGCCACAUGCAUUGGCUGCAGGACGUCUUCGAUGUGCCCCUUGUGGUGCAGCUGACGGACGAUGAGAAGUUCCUGUUCAAGGACGGGCUGACGCUGGCGCAGACCCACGAGUACGCGAUCAACACUGUGCGGGAGAUCGCAGCCAUCGGGUUCCAGCCUGAAAAGACCUUUAUCUUUUCCAACCUCGACUACAUGGGCGGCGCAUUCUACCGCAAUGUGCUCGAGAUCUCGCGCAGCAUCAACUACAACACGGCCAAGGCAGUGUUUGGCUUCGACGGCAGCACAAAUAUCGGCCGCAUCCAGUUCCCCAGCGUGCAGGCUGCGCCUGCGCUGUGCUCGACGUUCCCGAGCAUCUUUGGCGCGCGCAAGGAUAUCCCCUGCCUGAUCCCCUGCGGAAUCGACCAGGACCCGUACUUCCGCGUUACCCGUGAUAUCGCACAGAAGCUCAAGCACAAGAAGCCCGCACUCAUCCACACGCGCUUCCUGCCUGCGCUGCAGGGCGCCACGUCUAAGAUGAGCUCGUCCAUUGAUUCGUCGGCUAUUUUCAUGAGCGACACGCAGGCGCAGAUCAAGAACAAGAUCAACAGGUAUGCCUUUUCCGGAGGCCAGACGUCGCUGGAGGAGCACCGCAGGCUGGGCGGCAAUGUCGAGGUUGAUGUGCCAUUCCAGUACCUGCGGUACUUUGUUGAGGACGACCAGGAGAUUGAGCUGCUCGCUGAGGGGUACACGAAGGGCGAGAUCGCGUCGGGAGAGAUGAAGGCCAGGUGCAUCAAGGUGCUGCAGGAGUUUGUCAGUGACUUCCAGGCGUGCGAGAAGGCUGUCACUACCGAGCAGGUCAACCAGUUUAUGGACCCCGAUUUCCCCCGGCCCUUUGCCUCGCUGAGCAAAAAUCUAGUCACAGCCUUUCGUGUUUUAGAAGGUCUGGGAGCUGGAGAACGCCUGGCACUGCUUGAGCAUGUCCAGGUAGUACUGGCACGACGACAUGUCGUUGCCGGUGCUCUCGAGGCAGCGAGUGAAUGCCUUGGCGUCGGCGUCGCAGCUGCGAGCAAACUGGCUCUGUUGCUGCUGAUCAUAGGCGGACUGCUGGACGGGAGCCGCAGCAGGCUGGGCAGCGGCAGCAUCGCUGCUACCACCAAAGAGACCACCGACAGCGUUGGCCUACAGUUAAAAUCAAAAGUCAUCCAGCUAUCAUAG